CAGCGACACCGACAGCCACAGCCACAGGCACAGCCACAGGCACAGGCACAGGCACAGCCACAGGCACAGCCCGGCCCCGCAGAAACACCGCAGCGCUCACCGCAACACAGCCCGGCCCCGCAGCAACACCGCCGAACUGACACCUAAACCCACUGCAGCAAAACCGAGAUGGAAACCAUGCACGAGCUGAUCCCCUUCGCCAAAGAAAUGCUCAGCCAGAAGCCCAACAGGAAGAUGGUCAAGCUGUACAUGCUGGGCAGCGUGCUGGCGUUCUUUGGGGUGGUCAUCGGGCUGGUGGAGACCGUCUGCAGCCCCUUCAGCUCCGAGGCCAGGCUGGAGGACGAGGAGGACAAGAAGCAGCCGGCAGCAGCCCGGGAGCAGCGGGUACAGCAGAAACGGGAGGAUUUGGUGCUGGAAAAGGCCAAGGCAGCCCCGGCGCUGCAGAGAGCCCUGGUGACCCGGCACCACGCGUCCUAGGCCGGCCCAGCACCGCACAGACUCUGCCCGCACAGCUGCUCCCAGCACCAAGAGAAGGCUCGGCUGAAGGAUGCUGCACGUGUGAGACUCGCCAGAAGUGAAGGGUUUUAUUUGCUGCUGUGCAGCAGUGGGGAAAAAUACCUUUUGUUGGUAUAAAGCUGUGCACAAAGCACAGCAUGAUUUCUUAUUUUUCUUACGGACGCAUUUUACACCAUUUUGCAAGAUCAAUAAAUGUUUUAUACGGUA